UGCUAAAGUCGGAGGUCGAAUCUGCACACGCCGUCGGUGACUGUUAUAGUCCAGUGUAUGGCAUAGUGCCGCCUCUACAGAAUUUGGAUGAUGGGGUCGACCUCGACUGACAAAUUUGAACCACUUGAUUGAUGACGCUUGAAGAAGUUCUAUGUGGUUUCUCGUGGUGGAAGACGAUUUAGGAUGACCAGCAAUUUACCCGAACAAGAAAACACUUGCUGAUGUUGGAUGGACCAAGCAAAGCUCCAGACGCGAGCGAAGCUCCGCCUGCACCGGUGACCGAGGAAACCGUGGCAAGGCUGGAGGCGGCUGCGGAGAGACUACUGCACAUGCCUACUGUAGUAUCCCACGAAAAAACUGUUUUACUGUGGAGUGGUGAUUUUGCAAAAUCUGCGUCACAAGUUUGUUACGCCUGACACCGAAAAUCUGUCAUGCGGGGUUCCCAAGGGAGAACACAGCUAGAAAUCAACUGUCUUGCAUGUGUAGCUUGCAUGUGUAGCAUGACACACACUUGUGCGAUCCAUUUUCUGCAUCACAAGUUCACAGUGAAACAGUUUUUUCUUGCGAUAUGUAGUCCGGCCCCAAGUAUUGCAACGUCCCGGAAGCGGGAUGAGCGGGGGGUCCGCAGGAGUCUCCACAUCUUCUCCAUCACAACCGCAUAGUCCCACGCGCCCUCAGGUUGUGCAACAUCUGAAAGAUGAAUUGGAUGCAAUCGAGAGCGGAGUGAAAACCUUGCUUCAGAAAAAGAUGCUGAUAUCAUCAACAAACGGAAAUAACUCCAGUCACAGCUCGCCUGAGGUGUCGAGAAGUCGGAUUGAAAACACACCCGACACCAUGAUCGUGCAGCGCCACGACCCGCACGGGCUGGCGAACGCUGGUGAGGGCGUGCCCCGCCCGGUCGAAGAACUUGGAGAUGCGGAAGUGCCGAAAAAUGGCGUCGUACUUGCUUCUGACCAUGAAGUCUACUCCGCACCUGAUCGGCUUCCCCUGAUGCGCUGCCCUGAAUCAGCUGACGUAGUUGUAUCUGAUGGUACAACUACGAGAGGUCGUGGAGGUAAGAAUGCUCCUUCAGAGGAGGUGGAAGCUAAACACCUCGUAGAACAAGAAGUUCCUACGAACUCAGUCACGCAAAGGCAGGACGUUAAUAACGCAGGACAAAGUCCGAGCAGCUCUG